AUUGGAAUAAAUAAAUGGGUAGAGUAGGUAGUAUAUAUAGGAGGUGAGAUGCAUUAGAGGAGGUAGGAGGACAAGACAUGAUAUUAUCCCAAGUAUAAAUGGGUGCAUCGCAUCUCUCUCAAGUAAAAAUCACAAGGCAGCUAACAGCUAGCUACCCCAACCCCAACCCCUCCUAUACAUAUAUAUAAUUAAUUAAUUAGUCAAGAAGAGCAGAGACACCGAGGCAGUAAUUAAGUCAAUGUUGGUGCCUACUUAUAAAUAGUACUAGACUCACCACUACUCACUCACACUCUCUACACGAGUCUCUCUCUCUCUGUGUGUAUGUAUCAUGUAUGAAUAUGAAUAUGAUGAUGAUGAUGAGAAGAGAAGGCGAGUGGGAGUCGGAGUCGGUGAUGAUGAAGGCUCCUGCAUGGCUGCAAGGUUUAAUGGCGGAGACAUUCUUCGCUGCUUGUGGGGUCCAUGAGAAUCGCAGGAAGAAUGAAAAGAACAUUUUCUGUUUGAAUUGUUGCCACAGUUUAUGCCCACACUGCCUCCCUUCUCAUCAAUCCCGCUCCCAUCCUCUACUCCAGGUGAGGAGAUAUGUGUACCAAGAUGUAAUCAGAUUGGAGGACCUGGAAAAGCUGAUCGACUGUUCCUACAUUCAGCCGUAUACUAUAAAUAGUGCUAAAGUGAUAUUCUUGAAUGAGAGAUCACAAUCCAAAUCAUCUUGCAAUGUUAAGGCUUCUUCUGCCAACUCUUGUUUCACCUGCCACAGAAUUCUUCAGCACCCAUUCAACUUCUGCUCUCUCUCUUGCAAGGUGGUGUAUCAAGGCCAAGAUCUAUCACCCAUCUUGUACACCUUUGAUCAAUCUAAUCUCACCAUCUCUCAAUUAGUGGAUGCCCAAAUCACUCCAAACUCCAUAUUGGAGGAUGAAUACGGAACCCGUCAUUCUGAAAAUCCAACAAUUAGGAAUUCAAACAAUAAACCAGGAUUCAUUAUGCUCUCUAAUUGGAGCAGCAGGAGAAAAGGGGCUCCUCAUAGGUCUCCUCUUUCUUGAAUCAACAUUAUAAAUACGUUUAUUACUAUCAUAAAUUUUAAAAAAAAAAAAAAAAAAAGUAUCUGUAUAAAAGUGUAGUAGCUAGUCGAUUGCUCCUUUUUUCUUUUUUUUUUAUUUGUGGUUGUAGUGGGGGUGUUGUAUGAUCCAAUACUUGUGUGUAUGUGUAGGUUGAGCUGUGCAAUGGGAACAAUUCCUUCCUAAUUCUAAAUUUAUAUUCACUCUACUUAUUUAUAUCUAUAUUAUACAUUAAAACUUUUAGUAUAUUUUACAAGUGAUAUCAUGAUUCCACGUUCAUCUUUACCUAUAUAUAU